AUGUCGGGCUCACGACACCUGUGUAUUUCAGACGAGGCGGCCAUAGAGCGCCUGGUGGACGAGGUGCUGGCGGGCAACCCCAAGCAGCUGGAGCAGUUCCGCGCCGGCAAGACCAAACUGCAGGGCUUCUUCACCGGGCAGGUGGGCUUCUUCACCGGGCAGGUGGGUUUCUUCUCCGGGCAGGUGGGCUUCUUCACCGGGCAGGUGGGUUUCUUCUCCGGGCAGGUGGGCUUUUUCACCGGGCAAGUGGGCUUCUUCACCAGGCAGCUUGGUGGGUUGGUGAGUGAGAGAGCAGGUGGGUUGAGUGAGAGAGCAGGUGGGUUGCAUGAACAGCUGGGCGGUAAUGGGGCGCCGAGUUGUGAGGGAAUUGAGGUAAUGAAGGCAUCGGGGGGUCGAGUGAACCCGGCGCUCAUGAACAAGAUUUUAAUGAAGAAGCUUCACGCAUCAUCGUGA